AUGUCCGGGAAGCAUAUUAUCAUCAUCGGCGCGGGCCCCUCCGGUCUCACUCUUGCCGCGCUCCUUCAACACCACUCCAUCCCUUUCACUCUUUAUGAGCGCGAACCGAACAUAAGUUCUCGAUUCCAGGGAGGAUCACUCGACCUGCACCCUGACUCAGGCCAACGUGCUCUCCAGGUCGCUGGACUCGAAGCUUGCUUCAAGAAGUAUGCCAGGUAUCACGACCAGGACUACCGAUUCAUGGACAAACACGCCAAAGACUGGCUCUUCCACCAGGCGCCUCCUGACGCGGAGGGUCGCCCUGAGAUCGACCGUUCGGAGUUGAGAAAGAUCCUGAUCGACGCCGUUGACGCCCAGAAUCUCAAGUGGGAUCACCAUGUUUCUAAAAUUGUUCGAAACGCCGAUGGAAGAUAUGAGGUCCAUUUCGUCAACCACAGUACCUCUGCGAUUGGCGAUCUGAUUGUUGGUGCUGAUGGAACAUGGUCGAAGGUGCGAUCGUUGUUGACGAGUACAAAGCCAGUGUAUACAGGUCUCACGGUAAUUGACUGUCGCAUCUCAAAAUUGGACCAGAAAUUCCCCGGGCUGGGCAAAUUCAUCGGUCGAGGCACUGUGUUUGCCCUCAGUGACGGCAAGGGCAUUUUCAUGCAGCGCAACGGAGACGAGAGUCUUCGCGUCUAUCCCUGUUUGAAGGUGCCAGAGAAGUGGGCGGCUGAAAGCGGUAUCGACUGGACAGACCCCAAGACAGCCACGGAGAUGCUCUUGGAGAGCGUGUACAGCGACUGGGAUGAGCGCCUAAAAGAAGUGAUCCGUUGUUUGGACCCCAAGUGGACCCCGAGGGCUCAGUACAGGAUGCCCCUAGGAAUGCACUACGAGACUCAACCGGGGCUGACCCUGAUCGGAGACUCCAUGCACGUCAUGUCGUGGUUUGCUGGUGAAGGGGCAAACCUUGCCAUGCUAGACGCCUUGGACCUUUUCCUCUGCAUUCAGGCAAACCCGGGCGACUUGGAAUCUGCAGUGCGCAAGUAUGAAGAGCGAGUCAUGGGGCGGGCGGACAGCACCAACAAAAUGUCGCAAGAUCUUUUGGUUGAAGCCAUGGCAGACGACUCUCCUCGGGCAUAUGUUGAAUCGAUGGCCAAGGCAAUGGAUGUGUGGUUUGCCGAUGGGCGUUUGCUAGAGGAAGUCGAGUUGUGA